GAGCCGCUGGUGGGGAUGGGCAGCAGGCCAGCAGAACACUGCUUUUGAUUUCUGCACGUCCAGACCGGUCCCCGGACCUUUAUAGCUGGGGUGGUGUUAGAUCCUAGUUGUCCCUCCGCUGGGCCACAGUUUACUCUCAGGGAGGCUCUCAGAACUGAAGGCCAUCCUGCUCAGUACACAGCACCAUGCCUAUGAUACUGGGUUAUUGGGACGUCCGUGGGCUUACUAACCCCAUCCGCCUGCUCCUGGAAUACACAGACACAAGCUAUGAGGAGAAGAGAUACACCAUGGGGGACGCUCCCGACUACGACAGAAGCCAGUGGCUGGAUGAGAAAUUCAAGCUGGGCCUGGACUUUCCCAAUCUGCCCUACUUGAUCGACGGGCCUCACAGGAUCACCCAGAGCAACGCCAUCCUGCGCUACAUUGCCCGCAAGCACAACCUGUGUGGGGAGACAGAAGAGGAGAUGAUUCGUGUGGACAUUUUGGAGAACCAGGCUAUGGACACUCGUGUACAACUUGCCGUGAUCUGCUACAGCCCUGACUUUGAGAAAAAGAAGCCUGAGUUCUUGGAGACCCUGCCUGAGAAGAUGAAGCUCUACUCACAGUUCCUGGGGAAGCGGCCCUGGUUUGCAGGGGACAAGAUCACCUACGUGGAUUUCAUCACUUAUGAUGUCCUGGACCAGCACCUUCUAUUUGAACCCAAGUGCCUGGAGGCAUUCCCAAACCUGAAGGACUUCAUGUCCCGUUUUGAGGGACUGAAGAAGAUAUCUACCUACAUGAAGUCCAGCCAAUUCCUUCGCACUCCUCUGUAUUUAAAAGUGGCCCGGUGGAGCAAUAAGUAGGACCCUGUCAUUUGAAGAGGUGGAAUCCACCAGUGCAUCUGCUGGCCCUGAUAUUCCUGGCACCCCUAGCUUCGAUCUUCUUCCUUUUCCCUUCCAGCUCCCUUUUCCUCUGCAAGCCCUAGUCAGAUCCCUUUCUUCUGCCCAACUUCUCCCCCAGUAAAUCCAUUGUAAGCUACAGUUCCCCCUUUUCUUUAGGAAAGCCCCUCUUCCCCUUCCUCAUCCCUGCCCUGAAUCCAACCAGACAGUCCUCAGCUCUGCUUGGAGGAGCAUGACUGACCCUGUGCACCCCUGUACUGCCCCAGACUCCAGUACUACCUGGUGAGCUGGCUCUGGUCCCCAGCAUGGCAGCUGCCCAGCCCUGUCUGACCCCAAUAAAGCCUGGACCACACUU